AUGUUCACCAGCUUGGACGCAGAUGGUAGCGGCAGCAUCUCCCGCGACGAGUUUGCGAAGCUGAUGCAGCAGAUGCAGGGUCAGGCCCCUGGCGCGUACACCGGCGCGCCGGGCGCCGUUCCCUACGGGGCUCCGGUCACGUACGGAGCACCGGCAACUGGCGCCAGCCCUUACGGAGCUCCGGUCAGCUACGGUGCUCCUGCGCCUGCCACAUAUGGGGCUCCGGCUGGCUACGGAGCUCCGGUGACCUACGGAGCUCCGGCGCCUGCCACGGCCAGCCCGGUGACCUACGCGGCUCCGGCGCCUGCCACGGCCAGCCCGGUGACCUACGCGGCUCCGGCGCCUGCCAACUAUGGAGCGCCAGCAACCAGCCCAGUCACCUACGCCGCCCCGGCGCCUGGCCCGGUGACUUACGCAGCCCCUGCCCCUGCCAAUUACGGAGCUCCAGCAAGCAGCCCAGUCACCUACGCGGCUCCGGCGCCUGCCACCACCAGUCCGGUGACCUACGGAGCUCCUGCGCCUGCCACCUACGGCGCUCCAGCCCCGGUGACCUAUGUGGCUCCGGCGCCUGGCCCGGCCACCUACGGAGCUCCAAUGCCUGCCUACACAGCUCCGGCCGCCACAACCAGCCCUGUCACCUACACGGCUCCUGCAGCCACAACAAGCCCGGUGACCUACACAACUCCGGCCGCCACUACAAGCCCGACAGUUCCGGCCACCACUACAAGCCCCACCGCUGUGGCACCAGGCUCAUCUCAAGCAAUGGCCCCUAUGUCAUCCUCGGCUGCAGUGGCGGCGCCGAUCCAGAGCAUGCCAGCGACGACCACCCCGGUCACCACCUACACCGCUCCAGCCGCCACUACCAGCCCGGUUACCUACACAGUGCCGGCUGCCACCACGGCGCCUGCCACUGCCGGCCCGGUCACCUAUGGAGCUCCGGUUCCUGCCACGACUGGCCCAGUGACCUAUGGAGCUCCGGUUCCUGCUUCCGGCACCAGCCCUUACGGAGCUCCUGUCAGCUACGGUGCUCCGGCACCGAGCACCACCAGCCCUUAUGGAGCCCCGGUCUCCUACGGAGCUCCGGUGCCUGCCACGAGCCCGGUCGUCACCUACGCAGCUCCAGCGCCUGCCCCUGCCGGCCCGGUCACCUAUGGGGCGCCAGCGCCUGCCACGAGCCCGGUUGUCCCAUACGCAGCCCCGGCGCCUGCCACCUACGGGGCUCCGGCUCCAUACAUGGACCAAUUCGCCCGCCUGGACGUGAACAGUGAUGGCACGCUAUCCCGCGAGGAGUUUGCGAAGCUCAUGGGCCAGGUGGCACCCGGACCUGGCUCUUCUGUGCAGUACGCGCAGCCACAGCCAGCUUAUGGUUCCUCGGUGGCGGGUCCCUCGGUGGCUAUGCCGGGCCCUGCUCCAGCGCCAGGCCCUGCUCCAGCGCCGUCGAACGCUGUGUACGCAGCCCCAGCACCAGGCACGACCCCUGGCCCAGCGCCGUCGAACGCUGUGUAUGCAGCCCCAGCGCCGGCCCCUGGCCCGGCGCCAUCGAACGCUGUGUACGCUGCCCCAGCACCAGGCACAACACCGGCCCCUGGCCCGGCGCCAUCGAACGCUGUGUACGCAGCACCUGCACCAGCCCCCGGCCCAGCGCCGUCGAACGCUGUGUACGCAGCACCUGCACCAGGCACAACACCGGCCCCUGGCCCAGCGCCGUCGAACGCUGUGUACGCCGCCCCAGCACCAGGCACAACACCGGCCCCUGCCCCAGCGCCGUCGAACGCUGUGUACGCAGCACCUGCACCGGCCCCCGGCCCAGCGCCGUCGAACGCUGUGUACGCAGCACCUGCACCAGGCACAACACCGGCCCCUGGCCCAGCGCCAUCGAACGCUGUGUACGCCGCCCCAGCACCAGGCACAACGCCGGCCCCUGCCCCAGCGCCGUCGAACGCUGUGUAUGCAGCCCCGGCACCAGCACCGACCCCCGCACCUGCGCAGCCCAUGACCUACGCUGCACCAGGCCCUGCACCUGGCCCGCAGCCCAUGACAUAUGCUGCCCCAGCGCCCGCACCCGCCCAGCCCAUGACAUAUGCUUCCCCGCAGCCCAUUCCCUAUGCUUCCCCAGCACCCGCCACCUACACUGUGGCACCAGGCUCAUCCCAAGCAGUGGCCCCCAUGACAUCCUCGGCUGCAGUGGCGGCACCGAUUCAGAGCAUGCCUGCCACGACCAGCCCUGUCGCAAGCCCGGUCACUACCAGCCCGGUCACCUACACCGCUCCGGCCGCCACGACCAGCCCGGUCACCACCUACACAGCGCCGGCUGCCACUACUAGCCCUGCGGUGACGUAUGCAGCUCCUGCGCCUGCCACCACCGGACCGGUCACCUAUGGAGCUCCAGUGCCUGCCACUACUGGCCCGGUGACGUACGGAGCUCCCGUGCCUGCCACUACCAGCCCGGUCACCUACAGCACAGCACCAGCUCCCACCACCAGCCCGGCCACCUACACAGUGCCGGCUGCCACCACAAGCCCUGCGGUGACGUAUGCAGCUCCGGCGCCUGCCACUACCGGCCCGGUCACCUAUGGAGCUCCGGUGAGCUACGGAGCUCCGGCGCCAGCCACCUAUGCGGCUCCGGCGCAGUCCUCAGACCAGUUCGCCCGCCUGGACGCGAACAAUGAUGGCACGCUGACCCCCGAGGAGUUUGCGCAGCUGAUGGGCCAGGCCCCUGGUGCGUACGCUGCCGACCCCUAUGGGGCUGUCACCUACGGAGCUCCAGCGCCUGCCUACGGGGCCCCGGUCAGCUACGGAGCUCCGGUGCCUGCCACCACCGGCCCGGUGACCUACGCACCCGCCGACGCCUAUGGAGCUCCGGCGCCUGCGCCGGUCACCUACGCGGCUCCAGCGCCUGGCACCGCCGACCCCGCCGGAGCUCCGGUCAGCUACGGUGCUCCAGUCAGCUACGGUGCUCCGGUCAGCUACGGUGCUCCGGCGCCUGCCCCGGUCACUUAUGGAGCUCCUGCUGCUACCGCCCCGGUCACCUACGCCGCUCCAGCGCCUGGCACCACCAGCCCCUACGGAGCGCCUCAGUACACGUACGCCGCCGCUCCCGGGCAGUUGUCGGCCGCACCAACCUUUGUGCCAAGCGCAAGCUACCAGACCCCAUAUUCGUACCCGAUGGCAGCACCAAUGUCCGGCGGCAGUGACCUCUUUGCCCGCGUGGAUGCGGAUGGCAGUGGCAAUAUCUCGCCCGAGGAGUUUGCGAAGUACAUGCAGAUGCAGGGCCAGGGCGGGAGCACCAACUGCCCGGCCUGCGGCAACGUGUACUUGGACGACUCGCUGUUCUGCCGCAAGUGCGGCCGCAAGCGCGACUAG